AUGCAAAGUGGCCAGCCCCACAACGUUCUCCUGACCGGGGCCUCUGGCUACCUCGGAGGUAGCCUGUUUGCUGGGUUGAAAAGUUACGGCUUGAGCGGCUAUGACAAGAUCUACGCAUUGGUUCGAUCAGACGCCCAGAAGGAAGCAGUCCAGCAAUAUGGCGCUGAGCCCUUGAGCGUGUCCUUGAAGGAUGCCAAGGCAGUCAGAGAUGUGGUUUUGCAGAACAAGAUAUCUGUGGUGUUCUACCUGAUCGACGUUUUCGAAUCGACUGCUCAAGAGAACCUGAUCAAGGCCUUGGGCGAUUUGAGGCAGACCACUGGGCAAGAUGUGCACUUUCUUCACACAUCUGGCGCAAAGAUCUUCUCCAGUGAUGCUGGCGCUCCGACAGACAGAGAGCUUUUGGACACCGACCCCAACCUCUAUGACAUUCAGAAAGGACAAAAAGCGUCAGCCAAUAUUCUUCAGAAGGCGGGUUUCUCAACAGCCAACUUGGAACACAUUCGUCUGGCUAAGAAGAAGCUGAAGACCAUGGGGUACGAUCCUACAUCUUUGCCCCACGGAAAGGGCGCAGGUUUUGGGAACACCAUAUCUAUCCAGACCACGGACAUCGUCAAAGCAGCCAUAGCUUCUGGUCGGGUUCACUCAGUUACGCCUGAUCAGCCUACCUGGCCGGUGUGCCAUAUCAGCGACAACACAGCACUCUAUUUGCAAAUCCUGCGGUCCAUCCUCGAAGGUAAAAACAUCGGGCACGGCAGGAAUGGCUAUUAUCUAGCAGCUUCCGGCAGUAUCGCAUGGGAUGACAUAUAUGCCGCGAUGGCGCUGGCGUUGAAAAUCAGGGGUAUCAUUCAGGACGAGACUGUCGCUCCUGUUGACGACAUCGCUUUGGUGAAAAUGGCACAGGGACUCAACACAGAUCCCUCUCUCGUUGCAAUGAGAGUGGGAGGAAAGUGCACGUUGACGGCUAAACAUGGCGGCCAAAUCGGAUGGAGCCCGCGAUUUGGCCCCACUCAUAUUCUUAAGGCUGCCGAUGUUGAGGUUGAGCACAUUCUGAGAUACUUGGAUCACAGAGCUGGAAAGUUUUGA